GUAUUCGUGUAAGUGGAAGGCUCACGAGCAGCCCAAUAGAGCCCAUAGUUUGAAAAACCCGGUUUCCGAUUAUCGGAGGGAAAAAUAUGAGUCAAGAAAAACUUUCAAGAUUCUGAUUCUCAACAACAUGAAGGAGCAUGUGGUUGGUGGUGAUGGCGGAUUAACGGCCGAACAAAAAGCUCGAAUCUCUUCAAAGUUCAGAGCUGCAAAGGCACUUCUUGCUCGCAAAAGGCCACUCCAUGAUUGCUCCCUCAAUAAAGUUGGGAAGGCUCAGAGAACUACAUCCUCGGAUCGGAUUGAUGGUGAUAAAAGGUUUCCUCUUACUGAGAUUCCGAUGAACACUCCACCUCCCAUCUAUGAGAAGGGUUCCAAUAAAACACUUAAUGGAUUUACCAGUGUUAAGGGCUCACCAGUCUGUGAACUUGAUAGCAGCAUCAAUGCAAGGACUAAGUGUGAGACACAAUGUCAAACAGUUGAAACUUUUAAGUUGUCUAGCAAUAGAAGUGAAUCAGUUGAAGCUAACCAAAGUGAAAAUGGUGAAAGUGUUCAAGUGGAAAGCAUGGUCGGGUUGAAUACAUAUAUAACUCCAGUGAGGCAACCUAGAUUUUCUGUCUUGAGUGAGUCAUCUUUUUCAUCAACUGUGCUAGAUGAUGAUUUUGAUGAACACAUUUUGGAUGAAAUAGAUGCUUUAUGUGAGAAAAACUCAAAAGGAAAGCCUGAAAUGAAGAGGUUCAACAACAUUCCAAUUGAAAAUCAUUACAUAAACAACUUGGAUAAGGAGGAUAACUUAAAUCCCGUUGUUUCUAGUGAUAGUUCAGGACAUGAAUGCAUUUUGAUAUCAAGGGGCAAUGAAGAAAGUGAAGCAGAAAGAUUAAAGAGCAGCGAACUUGAUAAUUCAAAUGUUGUCAGGUCAGAUGAAGCUUUUAAACUUGAAUGCAUUCUGAAUUCAACUGGUAAUCAAGAAUGUGAAGUAGAGGAUCCAAAAAGCUCCAAGGCCACAGAUACCGGGAGCAAGUUGGAGGCAACAGAUAUCAAGAACAUGCCUGAGGAUUAUCUAAAGUAUGUAGAGUCGCUGAAUGACAGACAACAGGAGGCAGCUUGUAGUGACAUUUCAAUCCCUCUAAUCAUUGUUGCUGGACCAGGAAGUGGCAAGACAUCUACGAUGGUUGGGCGAGUCCUGAUGCUACUGCACAAGGGUAUUGGUCCAUCAAACAUUCUUGCUAUGACUUUUACAACAGCAGCAGCUUCUGAAAUGAGGGAGAGAAUCGGAAGAGUUGCAGGGAAGACAGUAGCAAAGGAGCUCAUGAUCAGCACAUUUCACUCGUUUUCUUUGCAACUUUGCCUCAUGCAUGCUGAGAAGUUAGGCCGAACAGCUGAAUUUCUCAUAUAUGGACAUGGGCAGCAGAGAAGAGCUGUCAUUGAAGCAGUUCGCUUACUGGAUGGUAAAAAAAAGGGACCUUGUGAUGACCUUUGCCAGCUUAAUGACAUGAAUUCUCCUCAACAUUUUAAGGAGAGAUCAAAGAAGUGGUUAAAGUUUGUAACUCAAGCCAAGUCUGCAGGAAGGACACCGGAUGACUACUACAAAAUUGGAAAUGAAACUGGAGCUGCAGUUCUGCAAAGCUACAACGAUAUAUUAAAAUCAUGCAAUGCUUUGGAUUACCAUGACUUGAUCAGUUGUUCUGUCAAGCUCUUGAGUGAUUUUCCAGAAGUUUUUGAAGAGUGUCAGGAAUUAUGGAAAGCAAUGGUGAUUGAUGAGUUUCAAGACACAAGUGCUGUGCAGUAUGGACUUUUACAUAUCCUUGCAUCGCAUAAACGCAUAACUAUUGUUGGUGAUGAAGAUCAGUCCAUAUUUGGUUUUAGUGGUGCUGAUGCCUCUGGAUUUGAUUCAUUUCGGAAAGAUUUUCCUUUGCACAAAGAGGUCAGACUUAGUAAAAAUUACCGUUCCACACGUUGCAUUGUUGAAGCUGCAUCGUUUCUUAUACAAAAUAAUUCAAAAAGGUGCCAAUCAAAAUGUGUUCUUACUGAUAAUUCUGUUGGGUCAAAGAUAACUAUCAAAGAAUGCUGCAAUGAGGAUGCACAAUGUUCGUUUGUUGUUGAUAAAAUAUUAGAAAUUACUUCUGAUGGCGCAACUGAAAAGUCCUCUUUCGGCAACACAGCAGUUCUAUUCCGGAGGCAGGUGUCAGGAAAAAUCUUUCAAGCAGCAUUUCGUAAUAGAAAAAUCCCAUUCAAUGUUCAUGGUGUGGCCUUCUAUAGGAAAAAGGUGGUCAAGGCCAUCAUUGCUAUGCUUAGAACAACUUUACCUGGUUCCGAUGAUGAUUCAUUUCGAAGAGUAUUCAAGGCCUUACUGCCUUCAGAAAAAGAAGUAAAAAAGAAGGUAAUUGAACACAUUGAAAAAGUUUCCACUGUAAGGAAAAGUAGCUUCAUUUCAGCAGCACGCGACAUAUUUAAUGCUAAACUAUCUGGCACAUUCAAGAGGAGUCAACUCACCCAAGGGCGGAAGGUGUUGCUCAUGAUAGACAUGAUUUCGAAACUCGUUAACAGGGAAGAUUCAAUUUCAGCUGUCAUUACUUCAGUGGCUAACAUGAUACCCCAGAAAUACCUUCUUGAACAGCGGGCAGUUCAUGAUAAUGAUGGAGGGAAGUUGCUUAAUGAAGAUCAUGAUGUUAGACCUGUUCUUCAAUAUCUAUUGGACGAUGUGUCUGAUUUCCUAAAAACUCAUAAGAAUCCCAUAGAAGGAGAAAGUGAAUGCAAAACCGAAGGACAAGGUUGUGCCAACAUACUGAAAGCUUUUAUCGAUCAUAUAUCUGAACGGGAGAGUGAAAAUUUUCGUACAAGGAGACAUGAUAACAAAGACUCUGUUACAGUCACGACAAUUCAUCAGUCAAAAGGCUUAGAGUGGGAUACUGUUUUCAUAGUGAAGGCAAAUGAAUCAGAGAUUCCCCUGUUACAUGAAUUUAAUGGCAUCACAAAUGAAAGGAGCAACUCAAUUGAGGAGGAGAGACGCUUACUAUAUGUGGCAAUGACUCGUGCACGGAAAAAGCUUUUCAUUUUGUAUGUAAUUAUGGAUUCAAAUUGGCAGGUUCUUCAACCUUCACGUUUUCUGAGAGAAAUUCCCUGUCAUCUUCAAGAGACCCAGGAAGAGCUGACCAAUCACCAAAAACUCCAGAAGGAAACUCCUCAGAGUGGUUCAGCCGAAAAGGUGGAAUCAUUUGAUCAUAGAAUAACUAUAGAUGAUCCUCUCAGUGAACCAGUUGAUGGAAUGUCCAAAGAGUCAAUUGACACAAUGGAGCUAUGCAAUUCCAAAAUCUUCCUAAAAAGAUUUAAUGCCGAAGACCGAACAGUUGUAUCUCAUUUGUUCCAUCAAUGGGCCAAAAAGCCUGCAUUUCAGGAAGCACAGAGGUUGCUUAAAAAGGUAGGUUUUGUCAUUGAUGAGCGCCUUAGAGUCAAGAAGAGCACUCACAAGGAUGUUUUACGUGCCUUAAAGUCCUCAUUAACUUGUGAGGAAGCUUUACAUUAUGCUGAAUCUGUGUUGAACUGGGAGAAAAUUCCCGCUGAGAAGCGUGCUUACCUAAUGAGAGAGAAACAGGAGUACUUUCAAAAACUACGGAUUGAAAAUGCAAUGGGUACAUCAGAACCAACUCCAAAACAGAUUGCAUAUCUUCAGAGUCUAGGAUGCACUACGGUUCCUACAUCCCGUCUCCAUGCAUCACGGUUGAUUGAAGAAUAUAAAUCCUUGUAAGAGAUUUGAGGCUUGAUGCAAAAACUCCUUAAUGUCAGCAUCGUCAGUGCCUAAGCAGGUUGUCAGGGAAAACAAGGUUCAUGCAUAUGGGUAUUAUGAAGUCUCUUCUCUCUGACAGGUUUCGGUGUUAUACUAUUUAUAAUUUUGUACAUGGUGUAGACGCUGUUAUUUCACAUUGCACAUUGGGUUUAGGUGUAACGUGUCCAAAGACUGAGUAGCAUUUAACAGUGGUAGAUAAAGUUGCCUCCGCUAAGCAUCGCUUCACAAAUUGAAGCUUCAUUGCUUCUGCUAGCUUGUUAGAUCUGGAAGAUACUAAAUAUAUAUAUAUAUAUAAAUUUACAAAUUCCAGAUUAUUGGAGAUGCCCGCGAAUCAUGUAUUUAGAGGUUCUGCAUUACUUAUAAUGAUGACCAAGAUUUUCUCAUACUAGUUUAAAGUUUAAACUGACUUGUAUUAAAUAGGUGUUUGUUCA